AUGGUUGCACUCAGUUGCGACGAGCAUCCUCCACAAUGUUCGAACUGCGCUCGGAGAAACAUCGCCUGUGACCUAGCAAAUCGAGCACUCUUAUCAAGAUCAACAUCUUCCUCUACAGCAGCAUCAUCGUCUCAGCAGCCAUCGACACCUACAACACACCCCGCUCCCUCGCACUCCUCGACCACAUCUGUCAUCGGGCCGCCUCCGAACACCUCCACCAUUCCAAGAAGCUCAGGCCUGGAUGUAAUCGACCUCGAACUCCUCCACCACUACACUACCUUCACCUACAAAACACUUCCAUCCGGCGCUACCUCCGACCAGCACGAGAUAUGGCAGAUACAGGUAGUCCAGCUAGGAUUCCAGCAUGAAUUCCUCUUGCGUGGAAUCCUCGCAGUUGCUGCUUUGCACCUCUCCUACCUACACCCGAGGCGGCGGGAGCCACUAGCUCUUCGAGCAUCAACCCACCAAAGCAUAGCCGUCAAGGCCCUCCAUGAAGUGCUGAACCGAGUUGACCCAUUCAACUGCGUGGCCAUCUUCGCAUUUUCCUGCAUCCUCGUCGCGCUCACUUUUGCCGCGCCCACGAACCCAGCCUUGCCGGGCGUCCAGGAUGGGUACCAAGGCGCCCAGAAGGAGAUUCUUGACUGGUUUCACAUGGUCCGCGGCUGCAACUCCGUCCUACAGACGCAGUGGGGGACUUUAUCUCGCAGCUUCCUAGCGCCAUUGCUUCACAAGGCAAUGACACAGCAAACCGCCCCGUCCCAUGACGUUCACGACUCAGAACGGGUGACGGACUUGCUCCGUCUUUGCUCGAGCGAACGUGUCGCACAGGAUCGCGAGACAGCAAAUGCAUAUGCUCUUGCGAUCCACCAGCUGCUCAAUUCCUACACGCAGGUAUCCAUCCUGUCCGAGCGCAAGCAGGAUUUUGUCCCAGUGAUUUUCGUGUGGCCUAUAGCUAUUCCGCAAACAUACCUGAAGCUGCUGGGCGAGCGCAAGCCUGAGGCUAUGGUGAUCCUGGCGCACUACUCGGCACUUCUGCAGCGGCUGGAUGAUCAAUGGUUUAUGAAGGGUUGGGCACGGUAUCUGGUGAAGCAAAUUGAAACGACGCUCGGAGAGGAGUGGCAGCCGUGGCUGUGUUGGCCAAAGGAAGUUACUGGAGUUUAG